GGCUAUAAGAGAGGGGGGGAACAAUGCCCCGCCGUCCCGGCUCGGUGCCCGCUGCCGGCGCCGCCACCCGCAGCGCCGGGCGAGCUGGGUGCGGGGGGCAGCCCCCGGCCUGAGCGCGGCCGGGGCUGGGCUGGGGGUGCCCCCGUUCCGCCGCCGCCCCCCCAUGCCGAGAUGGAGCGGGACUCGUCCCCGCACUACUUCUACGACCACGACGCCGGGGAGGAUUUCCACCGCUCCACGGCGCCCAGCGAGGACAUCUGGAAGAAGUUCGAGCUCGUCCCCACGCCCCCCCGCUCGCCCCUGGGCGCCCCCGGCGACAAAGGCGGGGGCGGGGGCGCGGAGGAGCGGCCGGGUGGCCCGGCACGGCACGGCCCGGCCGCCGAGGAGCCCGAGUACGUGCUCGGCCCCGGACCGAUCUUCGGCAACCUGAGCGCCUUCAUCCUGCGGGACUGCAUGUGGAGCGGCUUCUCGGCCCGGGAGCGCCUGGAGAAGGCCAUGACGGAGAAACUGGCCCCGGGCCCGCAGAGGGCGGCCCCCCACAAGCCCUCCUUCGCCCAGGACUUGGGCUUCAGCAGCUCGGCGAGCGAGUGCGUGGAUCCCGCCGCCGUCUUCCUCUGCCCGCUGGCUGAGAGCAAGGUCCCGGCAUCCUCGGGAUCCGAGGGCCAGAGCGACUCCGAAGGCGAGGAGAUCGAUGUGGUGACGGUGGAGAAGAGGCAGUCGCUCAGCCUGAGGCAGCCGGUCACCAUCACGCUGCGCGCCGACCCCUUGGACCCCUGCAUGAAACGCUUCCACAUCUCCAUCCACCAGCAGCAGCACAACUACGCCGCCCGCUCGCCGCCGGACGCCUGUCCCCAGCCGGAGCCGCCCGGGCGGGACGAGGAGGAGCUGCUCAGCACCACGGAGUCGACUCCUGCCAGCACGCUGCCUGAGCCCGGCUUGCUGAAAGCCGGCACCAGCCCCGGCUCCGACAGUGAGGACGUGGCCAAGAGGAAAAACCACAACUACCUGGAGCGCAAGCGGCGCAAUGACCUGCGCUCGCGCUUCCUGGCCCUGCGGGACCAGGUGCCCGGGCUGGCCAGCUGCCCCAAGACGCCCAAAGUGGUGAUCCUGAGCAAGUCCUCCGAGUACCUGCAGUCGCUCAUCAGUGCCGAGAGGAGGAUGGCGGCCGAGAAGCGGCAGCUGCGGCUGCAGCAGAGCCAGCUGCUCAGACGGAUUGCUCACCUCAAGGGGCACUAGCACGAACCCGCCCCCCACCCCAGCCCUCGCACCAACCCCGCGUCCCUCUCAAUUUGCACAUUUUUGAUUUUUGGUUAGCUGUCGAACUCUCUCCUGGGGGCAGGAGCACGUGGUGGCCGCCGCGCGUGGGGCGGCUGCGGCGCUGCUGGCGGAGGUAGGGCCCCCCCGGGGCACCCUCUGCCUGCGGCUGCCUGCUGGGAGACGUCUCCCGGUGAAGCUUUCUCAAGUGACUUCUGAUUCGAGGGCUCCGCUCUUCCACCUCGCUGGCAGCCCCUGGCUGUUGGCUGCUGACAGCCCUGCUGGGAGCUGCCCCGGGCGCCCACCCUGCCUAAACGUCCCAAAGCACCACAAUCCGCUUCGGUGAGUCCCAGCUCAUGUUCAGAUGGAUCCCAGUGGGAUGUGACCCGCUCUGAGCAGCGUCCCAGCGAUGAUCCCCGUGCCCGUGGCAGCCCUGUGGCUCGGCUGGACCGUACCUCACUUUCCUACCACUUCGUGCAGUAGCUUGUCUUGGAUUUUGUGUUCUAGAACCUGCUGCUGUAACUGCGAGUCUUAUACUGGAGGCUGUGUUUUUAUACUGUAUUUUUGUACCACUUUUUGAGAAGUAUUGGUAAAGAGUUUGCUUUUUAUAUAUAUAUAUAAAAACUUUUGUGGAGGGGUGGGGGGCUCCUGCUGUCGAGGAAGGCUCCGUCCUGCUGCACUUUAGGGAGAUCAGGAAGGGGCUCAUUCCUGCUGGACCCUUGAGCCGAGUCCUGGCAGAGGCUGGUUCCCACCUUGCAGCUCUCCAACCCGCCCUCUUGCAAUAACAGGGGUUUUUCCUCGUAUCCCCCCAUCCUUGUGAGCACCCCCUGGCCAGCAGCCGCUUAAAAUCCCCGGUGGUGCUUUGGGCUGUGCCCAAUGGAGGGGGGGGGGCACCCCGGGGUGCUGGCAGGGACGGCCCUGCCGGGUCCCGCUGACCUGCUGAGAACCGUUAGAGUUAACACUGUGGUCGGAUUUAGCACUUUCUUCAUUACCUCACACUUCAUGAAUAAAUAAGUUACAAA